AUGGAAGGGUUAAAAAAUAAAAUAAAGUUGUAUGGAAUUCAAGUAGAAAAAUGUGUAUUUUUGAAGGCUGGAGAGGCUAAAACCAUAAUUGAUUCACACUAUGCUCAGUGGCAAUGGCCUACUAAAGGAAAGUUUGCUGGAUGUAUUUUGGCACAUGCUAUCUCUAAUAUUGGGAAUUGGAAUAUAUUCUCAUCUACAGACUUAGAAAAAGUAUACAAAAAGGAUAUUCCUAAACUCAAUCCAGAGAUUUCUACUCAUACCACGCCUUGCUCUGACUAG